AUGUCACCCCAAGAUUUCUCACAAUACGAGGAUAACGGACUGAUAAGAUACAUGAACUUCUUCCACAACCAGAAAGUAAUACCGUUCCUAGAACUCCCACGUAAAGUACCACUAAACACCUUCGAUCAGUUCCGCUACCUACAACUUCGCAGCUUCCUGAAUGAAGUGCAAAACAUAGAGACAGCCAACAAAAAACUCACCCAUUUUGACCGCCCAGUGGAACCCCCCCACACACUACCUCUCUCAAUACCUGACCCCCAUCUGAUACCCCCUCCUAUCCCCCCACACUCAGGACCCACACCCAAAACCCCCCAUACCCACGAUGCACAUACUCAAACUGACCCGACCAUGGCAGGGACCCCACUGAACACCCAUAGACGAACACCAACAGACAAGAAUGACCCAACAUAUUAG